GGGGAUCUUUUUUUGACAUGAAAUGGAUAUAUCCAUAUAUCUCUGACUCAAAUUUAUGAGAUGAUAAAAUAUGGCAAAAGCUAUACCGAAAAAGGGUUCACGUGGACGUAUUAGUUUGCGUAAGAGUAUACGUAAAAUACCAAAGGGGGUUAUUCAUAUUCAAGCAAGUUUCAAUAAUACCAUUGUGACUGUUACAGAUGUACGAGGGCGAGUGGUUUCUUGGUCCUCUGCCGGUACUUGUGGCUUCCAAGGUACAAGAAGAGGGACGCCGUUUGCUGCUCAAACCGCAGCGGCAAAUGCUAUUCGUGCAGUAGUAGAUCAAGGUAUGCAACGAGCAGAAGUCAUGAUUAAAGGUCCCGGUCUUGGAAGAGACGCAGCAUUACGAGCUAUUCGCAGAAGUGGUAUACUAUUAACUUUCGUACGGGAUGUAACCCCUAUGCCACAUAAUGGUUGUAGACCCCCGAAAAAAAGACGUGUGUAGAAAUCAAAUUUGAAGAUAUUUCAAUAGCAAGAGAAACAAGAGAA